AUGGAGAACCUGCAAGUGCUGCGAUUGCUCCUCGGAUUAAUCGGUUUAAUCCUGAUCUCGGGAUCCGUGGAGAGUAGGCCCGGUGGAAUGGAGUUUCAGUCGCACUAUUUGCGGGCCAUCACCGCCUACCGGAGACUGGAGAGGAUCCUACCCAAGGAGGAGCUGCGCGCCCUAACGGGCAUUGGAUUAUUGAAUGGAGCGCGCCAGGCGGAGGAGCAAAUGGAACAGCAUUUGGUGGCGGCCAUCAGGGAGCUGCUGUUCCAAAUGAAUCUCACGGAGAGCGCUCGUGUCAUGUCCAAAAUCGAUGCCAUCGAACAUCAGUUGUCCAGGGAUCAGAGGGCCGUGGAAAUUCUCAAUCGGGUGAUGGAUGUGGUGUCCCAGGCCAAGGACGAUCAUGAGUUCCGUGUGGAAUUGAGGGAAAUGGCACAGCAACAAAAGGAGGAGGAGCUGUACAAUCAGGAGCUCUCCGCCGAUCUCACGGAUCAGCCGAAAUUGGUCGAGAGAUUGGGCAAACUUAGACAGAGUAUUCUCAAGCAGGUGCCACAAAUGAAAAACGAACUGCAGGCGAAGAUUGAUAGGGCUCUGCAGCAUUUACUGGAGCAGGCUGGAGAGGAUGGGGUGCUGGCCAAGGCCAAGCAAAAGGUGAUCCACAAAAGGCAAAUCAAGAAGGGAACGGAGCAAAGGAAGCAGCAGGAUCGGGAGACGGAGCAGCGAUCAAUGCCGGCGGAAAUGAGGGUUAUUAAAUCCAUACUUUCUGAGGCUCAUGACUUACGCUUCCAGGAGGAUUUCUUGGAGAAUAUGUUGGAUCAGCUGCCGCCGCGGCGAAUCAAAAUAGAACCCAACUCCUCGGAGCUCGAUGACCUGCAAAUGAACGUAAAGUCGCCAAAUGUUACAGCCAAGGCCAAAGGUAAACCGAAAAUGAACGCGAAGCCGGAGAAACAGGUGGAGGUGGAGGACACAGGCUCCUCCUCGGAAUUGGCCACGGACGACAACGAUGACCUGGGCGAUGGGGAGGAACCUGGAGCUGGCGGAGACGGAGGUGGUGGAGGCGGUGGUGGCUUGGUUGGCAUCAUUGGCAGCCUCAGCGGUGGUGAAGGUGGUUCCGAUGUGGGUGCUCUAAUUGGCGCCCUUACUGGUGUGAUUUCCACCUUGUUUGGACCUGGAGGCCUCGAUGUUCAAGGUCUGAUUCAAACGGGAACCUCGCUGAUUUCCGGUCUGCUGGGUGGAAACAAGAACUUUGGUCUCGUGCUGGGACAAUAUGUGGGCACUGCUCUGGAUGGUCUCUCUGGCGGUGGUGGAGCGAUUAACAAUGGUCAAUUUUUGGGCAACUUCCUGGGCACUGUGCUGGCCGCACUGAGCGCUGAUCCCGAGGAGGAGGGCCCGCCGCAACCGUUGACCUUCACCAAGAACCUGAUCACCAGCUUCCUGGAGGCAAAGUAUCGGCCACUUAACGAGGACGGCUCAGAGGAGCGACACGGAAGUGCGGAGCUGCCACGCCCGCGAAAGAAGAAGGAGGGCGGUGGUUGGGCAGCUGCGGCGGCUGACCACUUUGAUUCUGGAGGCUUUGUGAAGCAGGUGGCCUCCCAUCUGGUGAGCAAUGCCCUUGGCUUGAUCUUAAAUGCCGGACUGGGAGCCGCUGGUGGAGCUUCGAGUGCGGCCAAGAAUAUUUUCGCCAGCAGCAGCAUGGGCCAUCAUGCCAAGCCGGCAGAUCAUCAUAGAUCUUGGAACCUGUACGAUAAUGAGCCAUUCUAG